GAAUUUAGGAUUCUUAUUAUAUUAGUAAAUAAACACUUUCCAAUGAAAUAAUUACUUUUAAUUUGUUAAAUGUGUUUUUGUAUUGUUGAAUGUUUGUAAAAAAAUUAGUGUUAGCUUUAAGUCAUUUUAGUUUUAUUGUUUAAAUGCGCAAGUCGCAUGACUGUUUGUGCUGCAAUUCGUUAGUUCUUCUGGUUGCCUUGGAAACAAAAAAUAAUAACAAACAACAAGUUACGUUUUUCACUUCACUUCCGGUUCAUUUAAAUUUUUAUUGUUUAACUUAUGUACGAGAACAACAUAAAUGACCAAAGAUAGACCUAGUAUUUGGACCAAAUAGCUCGGAGCAUUAACGCCUUAUAACAUUUGCCUUAUUGUAACGUUCAAAAGAAAUUUAAAGAAAAUAAUGAAACGCAUUUAAAAAUAAAAAACAUUAAAUCGCAGUAAAUAAUUUGAUGUAACCGGAAACCAAAUAAAUAAAACAAUUGCAACCAGUUGCCUUUUUAUGUAAACUAAACUAGUCAAAACUCUAUAAAAAAUAAUCUAAAUUAUUAUAUAAAUCAAAUAUUUAUAUACUUACUAAUAUAUAACUAUAAGAUCGACAUCAACUAUUAUGACCACACGUUUAGCAACGCAGCGAAAUUUUUUAUUAAGAACUCCAACGGCAGUUGCAACAUCCGCUGGACGCUCUACUAUUAUAUUAGAUUCAUCGACAGAUUCGCCUGAAAUUAUCUCCGCCGAUGACGUGGCAGACCUUGCUACCGAAACAAUUUUAACCAGUUCUCAUAUCAAAAACGAAGAAAUUGCCAUCGAAACUGCUACAUCCGAUUCACAAAAUGCAGAAUUCAGUUAUUUGGAUGAAGACGCCGUUGUUGCUGCUGCCCAUUUGGAAGAUGUUAUGACACAGCAAAUUAAAAACACUGGCGAUCCAGAGGGGGUUGCUAUAAUAAGUGUUGUGGUUCCCAUGGAGGCAACUGAUUCGAAUAGCGAAACAAGCGCCAAUAUUUCCGAUUUAAGUGCAAUUAAAGAUAAUGUAAAUCUAACCCAAGUAGCGAACGGACAAGUAACCUUAAUGCAAGCCCAACCAAGUGAGAGUGAUGACGCUACGACGCAGUACAUAACAGUAACAGUUUCCGCUCAAGAUGCUGGUCCAAACUAUCAAGUACAAUAUGUGGAUUCUGAGAUAUAUCAUAGUAAUUCCAGUCAAACUCAAAUGACAUAUCCAUUCUGUCCAGUUGGCGAUUAUCAAACAAAUGGACAAACCUAUUACGCAACAACAACGUCUGGCAACUAUGGCACUACAUCGACCAACACACCAACAACACAUACAUCAACACUACCAUAUCUGGUGCCGGUUGAAGAGACAUUGUUGCUGAAUUCUUCAUCACAAUCGCAUAGUCAGGAUUCACCGCAUAGUCUUACGGAAGUGACUUAUUUGCAUGAAGCACACAGCAAACCGCAAACACCCACUUCAACCACAACGACAAACUCUUUAAGUGGUGGCAGCAUUGGUACCGGUGGCGGUGGUGCAUCACCAGAAAGUGAACAAAAUACUUUGGGGAAUACAAAUAAAAUCGCCUCGGCAACGAUCAAAUGGCUUUCACGUAAUUAUGAGACUGCCGAAGGUGUCAGUCUGCCACGUUCCACUCUCUACAAUCAUUACAUGCAACAUUGUAAUGAAAAUAAAUUGGAGCCAGUGAAUGCAGCCAGUUUUGGCAAAUUAAUACGUUCUGUCUUCUCCGGUCUACGCACACGUCGUCUGGGUACGCGCGGUAAUUCAAAGUAUCAUUAUUAUGGAAUUCGCAUUAAACCCGGUUCAAUGUUGGUUGAUGUAAUGGAUGAGAAAAUUUCCUAUCAGUUGCAGAGUAGUAGUUCAAAUGCUGUUAACAGUGGAACUGUUAUGUCAAGUGGCAGUACAAUGAAUAGUACUAGAAGCUCAAAGAAAAAUAUCAUUAAGCCGGAAUCUUAUGAGGCAUGUGCACAGUAUUUGGGUAAUGGCGCUGGCGUAUUACCAACUUUUCCUCCUAUUGAACUGGAUAACACCUUUAACAGUGAACUGACUCAGGAUGAUGUUGAAACCUUUCGUGCAAUGUAUCGUGAUCAUUGUGAAGCUUUUUUGGAUGCAGUCGUCAGUUUGGAAUUCAAUACCAUUGAAUUAGUCUGGCGUGAUUUUUGGCGUUCAUCAGAUAAUAAUAAUAUGGAUGAAUGUGAUGAAGAAAAAUAUUUAAGUAAAACUAAAUUAUAUUUACUCUUUCAUUGUGUGGAAAUACACAAAUUUAUACAAGAAGUAGACUAUCAAUUUUAUCAAAAUAUGGUUGAUGUUAUUAUACCAGAUGUGUUACGUUCCAUUCCAAAUGCUUUAACUCAGGCCAUACGUAAUUUUGCUAAGAAUAUGGAACUUUGGUUGUGUGAAUCAAUGGCUGGUAUACCAGAACGUCUGGUUCAAAUAAAAACAUCUACGGUAUCAGCAUUUUGUCAAACUUUACGUCGCUAUACAUCCUUAAAUCAUUUAGCACAGGCAGCACGAGCUGUACUACAAAAUAGUUCUCAAAUAUCACAAAUGUUGAAUGAUUUGAAUCGAGUUGAUUUUCGUAAUGUACAGGAACAAGCUUCAUGGGUUUGCCAGUGUGAAACGGGUCUGGUACAACGUUUAGAAAAUGAUUUUAAAGCUGCACUGCAACAGCAAAGCACUUUAGAGCAAUGGGCUGCAUGGUUACAACUUGCUGUUGAUACAGCUUUGGAGGAUUAUCAUGGAAAGCCUAGUUAUCCCAAAGCAGCACGUCAAUUUUUACUCAAUUGGAGUUUUUAUAGUUCGAUGAUUAUACGAGAUUUAACAUUGCGUUCCGCUUCUAGUUUUGGUAGUUUCCACUUGAUACGUUUACUCUACGAUGAGUAUAUGUUCUACUUAGUGGAACAUAAGAUUGCAGAGGCACAACAGAAAACGGCUAUCGCUGUCAUUUGCGAUCGGCUGGUGAGUUUUCAAAAAGAUGUUGACUUUGAUUUUGACUAUCAAUUAGAUUUUAUUAACAACUCUAACAUUAAUCCAAACCAUGUCGCAAAACGCUUAAAAUCUGAAUGAGUGCAUGCUAAUAGGAAUCUGGACAGGAAUCUUAUUUUCUUACUAUGCGCAAUUUUAAGAAAUCAUAUAAAGAACAACAAAUCAUAAGUACCUUUGCAAAUUGGCUACAUUACCAUGCCAAAUACAAUAAUAAGACAUACAACUAACUCGGUGUAUGAAUGUUUGCAUUGAAAUGCAAUAUGCAAUAAUAUGUUUAUAAAUAAUUAAGUUAUAUGUUUAUAGAUUUAUAGAUGUUUAUAUGCAUUUAUAAUUCGCCAUAAAUAGUAUUAAGCCGUCCAUACGAAGGUUAUACUUUAACUAAAGA